CGCCUACAAGCAAUCGCUGCAACAAGUGCACCGAUGAUGCUAGCGCUUCUCAAGUCGCCUUGGUGUUGGUCUGAAAGAAUUGAGCACUGGAGUGCUACUCAUGAGACUCAACGGAUUUCUGCUAUCUUUGAGAAAAUUGGCAAGAUUUUAUUCAUCCAAUUGCAUUGUCAAAGCGGAUGGUAUUAUUUAUUGGAAUCGUUCAAUAUACGAGUUUUCAGUUAAGUACUGUAAGGGACGAAAUUUUGAGUCAGAUUGCUAGUGCUUGCGCUAGCCAAUGUUACUUUGCACGGAGCAAGUUAGCCGUUUAUCUCAAAACAAUAUGUUGCAAGAGUUUGUCCAGCAGCAGCUAGCUAGCCACCCACUUCCGACAUGUUUCCCCAUGUAACUAUAUAUUGUAAGACUCGACGGACCUUUGGACCUCCAAGCAGCUCAGCCUUUUCGGUCAGGUUGCCGAUGGCUAACCUACUAAAACAGCUGCUCGGUUAUUGAUGUAAAAUACCUCGGUACUACUGCGGCAUCACCGGACAACCUCGUCGACUAUGAGGAGGAAUGAUGACACGGCAAGAAUGACGUAGAUUUCUCGCAUACUGAACGGAACUGGAAAGGAGGGCUUUUCCUCAGUUAAAUUUCUUGUAGAAUCACAGGAGCUGCUGCCACUAGCAGGACAGAAGGAUGGAGCCUUGUCUAACAGUGAGGAUUCCCUCUCCUGCCUUCCCUCCUCCAUAGCUGACCCAGGCUUCCCCAGCCUGGUCCGCCCCCUCAGUGACAUCUACCCUCUCCAGGGACACGUGGAGCAGUCCCCGCCCCCGUCCCGGCUGCCUGCGUGCGGGGCUGAUGUGCAGCCGCUGAACCCUGACCCACACAGGAUCAACGGGCUGAGCAGGAUGAAUGUGCUGAACAGUGCCGCCUGGCCCGGCCCUGUCACAGGCCACCCUGAAGCCAAGCCCUACAGCUCCAGGAUCAUGAAGCUCUUCUCGAACCAGAGGAAGAGCACCCUCUCUGGGCAGAGUGGGGCUCCUGAGAUGCCCUCCUCCCUUCAGGGCAGCAGCGGGACCCAGGCCUGGCCGGGCCUGCUGGGCCCGGGGGUCUUGGGCUCCUUCAAGAAGCUCCGCUCCUCAGUUCUCCAGGGCAUUCAGAACCGAGGGACAGCCAAUCAGGAUGGACAGUCCGCCCCGGAAGCCCAUCAGGACAGGGCCAAUGGUGUCGUUUCGACCAAUCUUGACCCAGGGCAGGAGAAUGGAGCCAAUCAACUAGCCUCACAGUUUGUCGCAAUAAGUCCCUAUGGCUCAGAGAAUGAGGAGGAGGAGGAAGAGGAAGGAGGGUUGCAGAGGAACACGCGUUUCUCCCAGAGUAUCCGGCGAGCGUACGGAGCAGGGCGCAUCCUGCUGCUCGACACGGGACAGGGGAAACAGCCGGGGAGUUUGGACCGGGGCGUCACGAUCAAUCAGAAGCCGACCCUGGGGUCGGGAUCAGAGGCCAACCUCCACUCAGAGGAGGGUGGGGGCGGGAACGCGAACAUUCUGAGCCGACUGAGCAGGAGCGCUGACAACCUGCACCUCUUCAAGAGCCAGCUGAGACGCAAGGCCACCUACCCUCCCUCGCCCCCCUCCCCUCCCUCGCCCGCCUCCCCUACCUUGCCCGCCCCUCCCUCGCCCCAGCCAGGCUGCCCAGGGCCCCCCGGGGCCGACUGUCCCCCAGGCGAUGAGGGGGCAGCCGGCUGCCCGUCCGUGGAGCAGAGGGGCCGCUGGAGGAGUCCCCUGAGGGCCAAGGGCCACAUGCUGAAACUGGUGGGCAGCGUGACGGACCUCACGGUCCGCCGCAGACCCAGCCCCUCCCCCAGCCCCUCCCCCACCUCCCCCCUGUCGCCGCUCAGCCGUCUCCACGACGACUACUCCCGCCGCACCCCGUGCCUGCCCGCCGGCGACCGCCAGCGCCGGCCGUCUCCUGGCAGGACCCGACCGGACAAACGGCCGCUGUCCACCGUCAGCCUCGACCACGCGCCCAGCGUUCACCCUCCCCCUCCAGAACACCCUGCGUCGCUGCCCCACCCCCAGGACGACGCCACCUUCCUGCACCAGGUCCUCAUCAGCCCCGUCCCCACGGAUGCUGGCAGAGGACCAGACCUCACCUCUGACUUCCCUACUCUGGAUCAGCCCAUAGUGACCCCCUCUCCCCCGAGCGCCCAGGCCCAGGGAGCCUCCCUGGGGGAGGAGAGCGCCCCUCAGGAGGGCCUGGGAGACGGGCGGGGAGCGGGGCGCCAUGCCCCUCCAGCCCUCCGGGGGCCGCCCUGCGGAGACCAGGAGGAGAGCACCUCACAAGCUGAUGAGUGUAUAUGGACCAGACCAGACCCAGACCCAGAUGAUCCGAAUACUACGCGAGACCUCCAGAGGAGGGAAGUCCUCCUUCAGGACGAUGCCUCUCCUCCUGCUAACGGCUUCCCACAAUCCCCCACAUCACUCGAGGCAGCUGGCGCCCCGGAGACGCCCGCAGCCACGGAAACGCCGUCCUCUUCGUCUGUCAAUCCCAGAAGGAGGGCGGGGCGAACAAGGCCUCGGCCAAUCUCUGACUACGGCCAGCUGGUGUCCAGGAAGUACUCCAUUCCUGAGGAGGAGGCGGAGCUGCAACCUGAGGAGAGGACUACAAAUGGAACAGCCAAACAGGACUACAAAAGCAAUGGCGGAGCCAUGCAGAUGGAGGGCCCGGAGGGAUUCAGCAUGAACGGGGAUGUCCAGAGAGGGAGGAGACGCCCGAUGUCUGUUAUUGGAGGAGUCGACCUGUUUUGUACGCCCGGUACCGAGGAGAGAGAGGACCGGCUCCCCUCGCUCCUGUCCCGGCCCCCAGUUCCCUCCCACCAGGUUCCCCCCUACAGGGCCGUCUCUGCCAGGUUCCGCCCCUCCACCUUCUCCCAGAGCACCCCCAUCGGACUGGACCGCCUGGGAAGACGCAAGCUGCACAGAGUCCUGAGCGAGGGCGGCCAUGAGGCUGUGCAGGACGACAGCGUGAGCGAAGAAGACGGGAGCUUCGACGAGCUCACAGACGUCACUCCCUAUCUGCAGUCUGGGGUGGAACUGUCCGCUCUAAAUGAGUGGAUUGGCUCGGGCAUUGCUGUGUAUGCGGAGGCGCUGUGGGACCAUGUGACCAUGGAGGAGCAGGAACUGGCCUUCAAGGCUGGGGAUGUGAUCCGCGUGCUGGAUGCCUCCCACAAGGACUGGUGGUGGGGUAUGGGAGGAGACCGUGAGGCCUGGUUCCCCUCCAGCUUUGUCAGGGUGCGUGUAAACCAGGACGAGGACUCUGGGGGAGAGAGUAUGGAGAACGCUGUGGACCUGGACCCCGUCCCCAGAGAAACACACAGCACCCAGCACAGGGAGCAGAUGAGGACCAACGUCAUCAAAGAGAUUAUGAACACAGAGCGCAUCUACAUCAAACACCUCAGAGACAUCUGUGAGGGUUACAUCCGCCAGUGUCGGAAACACCCGAGCAUGUUCACUGAACCGCAGCUGAAGACCAUCUUCAGCAACAUCGAGGAUAUUUACAAGUUCCAGAGGCAGUUCCUCAAAGACCUGGAGAAGAAAUACAACAAGGAGGAGCCCCAUCUGAGCGAGAUAGGAGAAUGUUUCCUCCUCCAGGGAGAAGGUUUCUCCAUCUACUCUGAAUACUGUAACACCCACCCUGCUGCGUCCGGAGAGCUGCACCGCCUCAUGAAGCUGGGCCGCUACAAGCACUUCUUCGAGGCGUGCCGUCUCCUCCAGCAGAUGAUCGACAUUUCCAUCUCUGGCUUCCUUCUCACUCCCGUCCAGAAGAUCUGCAAGUACCCCCUGCAGCUUGGAGAGCUGCUCAAAUACACCCCCAAAGACCACAGCGACCACAGCGGAGUGAGCGACGCGUACGAGGCGAUGAAGAACGUGGCGAGCCUAAUCAACGAGAGCAAGAGGAGGCUGGAGAGCGUGGACGCCCUCGCUCACUGGCAGGUGGCCAUCCUUCACUGGGAGGGAGCUGACAUCCUGGAGCGUAGCUCGGAGCUGAUCCACUCCGGGGAGCUGACCCGCACGGUGCGGCAGGGCAAGACGCAGCAGCGCAGCUUCUUCCUGUUCGACCACCAGCUGGUGUUCUGCAAGAAGGACGUGCUGAGGCGCGACCUGCUGCACUACCGCGGCCGGCUGGACAUGGACCAGACGGAGGUGGUGGAGCUGCCCGACGGCAAAGACCCGGACCUGGGCCUGAACCUGCGGAACGCCCUGCGCCUCCGCCACGCUGCCACCCUGGAGAGCCUGGGCGUGCUGUGCUGCAGGAAGACCCAGGACAAGCAGAGGUGGCUGCAGGCCUUCGCCAGGGAGAGACACAGGGUCAAGGAGGACCAGGAGAUGGGUAUAAAGAUUAGCGAAGCGCAGAGGAAACAGGCGAUCUUCAAUGCAAGAAAAUCCAAAAAAGGGAAAAUGAAGACAAUUGGCUACUCUGGUUCUAUCCCGCCCCACCAACAAUCCCUGCACCCGCUCCAUCAACGACAUGUUACCGUGCCAACCAGUGUGCCUCAACAACAGGUGUUCACAUUGGCUGAGCCCAAGCGGAAGCCAUCACACCUGUGGUACACCUUCACCCGCAACGCCUUUUUCAAGAAAUAAAGAUCCUGCAAAACUUU